CUUCUUAGUAAAUCAUUCAACGAUUUCUAAACAUAACAAACUGUCAUGAUGUAAUAAAACCAAGCACAUGGAUAAUUUUAAUCCCUUUUUUUUCUAAAACCUUAAAAUGUAAUCAUCAAUUGUGAUCAAUCAAUAAUCUAGUGUGCUUUAUAUAAAAUCAUGUCAACUGAAUCGACAGUUAUGACGUCUACAAAUGAAAUAUUAUCAUCUGAUGACAGUGAAGUAAUAUCAGAGGCAAGACAAUCGACUCGUCGGAUUGGUGUUGUCACCCGGCCGGAUAGUAUUGAGUAUGAAACUGUUCAACACAACAAUAAUCAUCACAAUAAUGAUGAUGAGGAUGAUGUUACUCAUAAAAAUAUUAAGAAGAAACAUUCACUAGAUACACAAAUUAAACUGAGAUUUAAUUUUUUCCGACUUAAACAUUCAUCGCUGCUGCACAGUCUAACAAGACGUAAAUGUUCACAUCAGGAUAACCAGGUGACUUCUCCAAUAUUCACCAGCACUCAUUCGCUGUCUGUUUCCUCUCCAAAAGGUAAACAACUGCUUUCACCCUAUCGAGUAUCUCCCCAAUUAUCUGAACAAGAAGUUCCACAGAUAGGUGAUGUUAUUGAUGAAGAAGAAGCGGCGACUGAUAGCUCUGAUAUCUUUGUUGAUGAUGGACAAAAUAGUGAAGAGACAGCUGCCGCUGCUGAUGCUGUUGAUGCUAAUAAUAAAAGAACGCGAAGUACUUCUUUCCAACGGGUGUCAUUUGCUACACAACACUUGGAAAUAAAUAUACCUGAUGAUACCUUGUCAUAUGAUGAGAAUACUAUGCCACCUGUCAACUAUUAUAAUAGACCACGAUGUGAAAGUCAUUCAGUUGUUCUUGUCUCUGAUACAAAGGAUUUAGACGACAAUGAUAAUGAUGAUAAUGAUGAUGAUGAUGAUAAAAUAAGAAGUAAAUAUAGUCGAAUUAAAAAGUUUGCACGUUACUCUUUACCAGCUAUGUGGAGCCGUGGACCCGGUUCAGCUAAUCUUACAACAACCUCUGCAUCUUCCACUGGUCGUAAAUCACAAGGUCUUACAGUAUAUGAUUCUAGGGAUAGAAAUACACCCAAUCGUGGUGAUAUAUCAUCAGCAUCAAACUCUGGACAAAGUAGUCUUCAUUCAACAGUGAAUCGACCAUUUCCUGUUAAUAGAAAUACAACACAAAGUGGUGACACUUCAUCGGUUGCUCUCUCUGAAGCAUCGCUAAGCCCUAAUUCUUACAGUAAUCAACAAGGUACAGAACCAAAAUCAAUUCAAACAGUACAUUCACGUUUUCGACAAUUUUGGGUUGAAACAUUUGUUGGCGGGAGGUCAAGAACUAAAUCUGAAAAUCAAACACCUAUACAAGCUGAAGCGCAUAAAGUUAGAUUUUCUGAUCGUCUUAAUGAACCAACAGGCCAUGAAACUGAUAUUUUACCUCCACAUGCUUAUACAAUAACUGGUGAUUCUAGUCAAGCAGCAUCAAUUCUUCGUCCAUUAGCAGUGUAUACAAAUCUCUCGAGUCCUCAAUCAGAUCAAAUAUCACCAGGUUUUAUUUCAUCUGGUACUGGUAGUCUAAGACGACUUGUAUCUAAGCAUCCUCGUAGUGGAGCAGAUGGAAUUUCAAUUACUCCACCAUUCUCGUUAUUUCAACAAAAUGAUAAAUUUCGAUUAGGAAAAUCCACAGCUGGUGUUAAAGGACGUUUUGUAUCUACUGGUAAUAUACCCGGCAAAAGUUCAGAAGAUCUUUAUACACUUCCAAAGCCUUCAAAACUACCAUGUGAACAACCGAUAAGCACUUUGGAAUUCACAACUUCAAAACUUAAAAAUCCUAAAAAGAAUUUCCCUCUGAAAACAAGUUUGGAUGUGUUACGAAGAAAACGAGCUGGAAGUCUUAGCGGAAGAGCGGCAGCGGAUCGUAAAAGUUUAACCAUAUCUCCACCACCACCACCAUCAUUACCAAGAGGAUUUCUCCUAGAGCAUUUUUCAAGAUCUGAAGAAAAUAUUCCUAAUGAAGCGAAUAAAUACCGGGGGAAAAUGAUGUCUCAAAAUAUCAACACUGGAGGUGUAUCAAGUGCUACAUCAACUUCUAGUGUUUUAAUUCCUAUACCAAAUGAAAUAUCACAAUGUAUAAAACAGAAUCAAUCUAAAGUAGGAAUAGUAGUCAGCGGGGAUAAUGCUCAACAUCAUCAUCGUCAUCAUCAUGGUCAUCAUCAUAAUCACAAUCAUCAUCAUCACCAUCAUCACCACAAUCAUAAUCAUCAUCACCAUCAUCGUCAUCGUAAUCGAGGUCAUUUAAAUCAUCAUGGACAUAGUUUAACGCAUACAAUGACAAGAGUUGUAGAAAGUAGACGAUAUCUAAUGUUUACAAAAUCAUUACCAUUUUGGUCAGCUAAACAAUAUAUGGAAACACAUGGGACUGGAAUGGGUGAAUCAGAAACUUAUGCUAUACUGUUUCAACAUACACCAUGUUAUGAUUUAGUACCUGACAGUGCUAAACUUCUUUUAUUGGAUAGUCAAUUAACUAUAGACAAAGCAUUUAAAGCACUUAUUUAUAAUGGGAUACGUGCUGCACCAGUAUGGAAUUCAGAAAGUCAAAGUUUCAUUUCAAUGCUUACAGUUACUGAUUUUGUACAAAUGUUAAAUUAUUGUUGGAAUCCACCUGUAAUAUCGAAUAAAUCAGAUGCUAAAACUAUGCAAAUUGAUGAUGUCGAUCAAAUGACAAUACAAAAAUGGAAAGACAUUGUCAUAGCUGAUAGAACCCAUCGUUUAUCCUUACAAUUAUCGUCGUCAACAAAUAAAUAUUUUAACAAGUCUAUGAGUAAAUCACGGAAUAGUAUAGCUCUGACAACAUUAUGGCCACCAUCGAAUUGUGUCAGUAGUACAUCAUCUUCUUCGUCAUCAUCAUCAUCAUCAUCACCAUCAAAUUCAAGAUCAUCUAGUGCUAAUAGCAGUAGUGGAAGAAAUCUUCCAACCAUCAAACUGUCAUCAUCAUCGUCAGUAUCAAAUCAAAGUGCACAAAAUAAGUCAGCUAAGAGUACAACAGAUAUAAGCAAUAAUAAUAAUAACAAUAAUAAUAGUAAUAACAACAAUGAUCACGAAAACGUUGUUGAAGAUGGGGAUGGAGAUGAGACAAGAGCCAACGAUACCACUACUACUACUACUACAACUACUAAUAACAAUUCAUCAAAUACUCUAUUUCAAACAUCAUAUACACCAGGACAAACUAUUUUUCCAUCACGUUUAUUUAUUUGUGAUCCAGAAGAAUCAAUAUUUAAAGCAUUACGAUUAUUACUUCGAUUUCGAUUACAUCAUUUACCGAUUAUGGAUUCAGCAUUCAAUGGAAGUGGUAAUAUAUUAUAUGUACUUACACAACGUAAAUUAUUAUCAUAUAUGUUUGAAAAAUUGGAUAAAUUACCUCAACCAAGAUUUUUGCAAUCCAGUCUAAUAGAUCUUAAUAUUGGUACACAUGGACCUGUGUUAAUGAUUACACCAUCGACCCGAUUGGCUGAUGCUGUAUUACUAUUUCGUGAUAAUUAUAUCACUACACUGCCAGUUGUUGAUUCAAUUACAAAUCGUCGAUUAAUUAAUAUCUUCUCGAAAUUUGAUGUAUUCACACUUAUAUUGAAUGGUGCUUAUAAAAAUCCUGAUCUGACUAUUAAAGAGGUACUUGAAAUAUGCAAGGGAAAUAUCCAAUCUACUGUUGGCUCACAAAGUAAACCACCGGUUGAAGUGUGUCUUGUAUCAAACAAUUUACUUUAUGUUAUGGAGAAAUUGGUGAAAACUGGAUAUCGAAGUCUUGUUAUCGUGAAUAAUACAAAUGAAUAUCGUGUCGAUGGGAUAAUCAGUAUAUCAGAUGUACUACGUUUUACCGUAUUACAACAAUUACGUAUGACAUCGACACGUUUACAACCACCAUCUGUUGCAGAAGUCGCUGAUGAAUACGAUGAACUGAAACGUAAUGGUGAAAGUAAGAAGAAGAAGAGAGGAGAAAAAGAUAAAUCGGGCGAAAAUUUAAAGGCUACUACAAAUACUACUACUACAAGUAAUCCACCUGUCAGUAGUAGUGGUUGUUCAUCUCAAACAAAAACUAAGAAGAGCAGUAAUAAAAAGUCAGCGACAACGACAACGGCGACUACUAAUGCGACGACACCGACGACGCUGGGGACAACCACAAGUCGUAAUUCACCAAUUACUACAACUAUUACAACAGCGACAACAAAAACACCAAUCACAAUUACAACCGUUACUGGUGGUGUUACAUCAAGUCCAGAACAUGUUGUUGGCAUGCAUUCAAAUGCAUCAUCGGCUAUACAUCAUGAAAAGAAGAGACAUAAUGCAAAGGGGACAAAAUUGGAUAAUUCUGUCAAACCACCAUCUGAUACUACUACUACUACUAUUAAUAACAGCAGUAGUAUUGGUAAUGACAGUCGAAUAAACAAAUCAACAAGACAAAAAGUUGAUAAUGAGAAGAAAAUCACCCCACCAUCAGUGAAUAUUAUUUUAACAACAACAACAGCACCAACAUCACCAACAACGCCAACGACGCAUAGUAGCAGUACUAAUUUAUGCCCUAGUGAAAAUAUUAUCUUACCAACAAUUGUAUCAGAAGAGAUUAUUUAAUUUAAUUCAAUUAUCUAAUUGUCAAUUAAUUACUAAAAAAGGAAAUAUAUAUAU